ACUUUUCUCCCUUUCUUUCUCUUCUCGGCCUAUAUGAUAUAUUUUUUCUCUCUUUUAUUUUAAUGAGUUUUCUUCAGUUACUCUUCAUUUUCGCGAUAGCGAUACCUCGAAAUCAUCGAAUAGUCUAUUUUUCUCAGACUCGAGUAGCUUAGAUCAAGUGCUGAUAUUUUAGCUGAACUUUUAGUUUAUUAUUUUAAUAAUCCGACUUAGUAUACAAACAUGUCACGAGGGACUCAAGAAAGAGUCCGGAGCAAUGUGAGCAAGACGAUGGGGAUCAAACUCGAUGGCGGGAUCAAUGCCAUCAGUCUCAACAAGGACUCUACACAAGUAGUAGCAGCUGGUCGACAGGUUUUCAAGAUCUUUCACAUUGAAGAGAUGGGAUUUCGAGAGCGGAUAGACCUGAGGGUGGGGCGCAUGAACCUCAACUACAGCUGCAAUGAUGUCGCAUGGCACCCUAGUAAAGAUGAGUUGAUCGCCACUGGGGCUACCAACGGAGCGGUCAUCACAUGGGACCUGAACAAAGCCCAGGGGAACAAGAUGGACCAGGUCUUCAAUGAUCACAAGAGAACAGUCCACAAAGUAUCUUUCCACCCCAGGGAGUGGUAUAUGCUCUUCAGCGGCUCCAACGAUGGCUCUAUGAAAUUCUUUGACCUCAGAACAAACAAAUGUGAGACGACGUACGGAAACGGUCAGUCGGAAUGCAUCCGUGAUGUCCAGUGCAGUCCACACCAGUACUUCAUACUGGCAGCCACACUGGACAAUGGCCAUAUACAGUUCUGGGAUUACAGAUGCCCUGACAAGGUGCUAUUGGAUUUCCCCGGCCACAACGGACCAGCAUUCAACUUAGAUUGGCAUCCUGAGGAGAGUAAAUUAAUUGCAACCUGCGGCAGAGACAAGAUCAUUAAGAUUUGGCGAUGGGAAGGGCACGGCAACGUCCUGGAGCCAGAGUACACCAUCUACGCCAUUGCUUCGGUCAACCACAUCAAGUGGCGUCCAGAGAAGAAGCACCACAUAGCCAGCUGCAGCGGGGUCGUUGACCACACCAUCUGUGUCUGGGACGUCCGGCGCUCCUACAUGCCUUUUGCCGUCUUUGAGGAACACAAGGAUGUGGUCACAGGUAUUGCUUGGAGACAAGACCCUCAUGUGUUUCUCAGUGGUAGCAAGGAUUCCAUGCUCUUUCAACAUAAAUUCAAAGAUGCAAAGCGACCAGCUGAAAGUGCUAAUCCAGUUGGCGUAUCUAUGAGCAUCUACGAUGACGUCUGUCAUGCUUUUAACAAGAGCAGUGCGAGAACCAACAUGCAAGCACAGCAGAACUAUGCCUCGACCAACUUUCCCAUGAGAUUCCGGCGGACUCCAGACGUGUCUGAGCAUUACGAGCGCUAUGAAAGCAGCUUACUGGUCCAUGAACGCAAAGAGGCCACAUUUUCAGAGUCCUUCAUCCAAAGUGCCAGGCGGUAUCUCUUGACUGGAAAGCCUUUCACUGAGCUGUGUGAACACAAUGCACAGGUUGCAAUGGACCUUGGCAGGUAUCAGAUUGCUCAGACAUGGAGGAUGUUGAGAUUAUUCUACUGCACAGAUACCACCAGUGCCACGCCCCCUGUCUAUACCAACAAGGGGAUUCCCCCAACAGAAGCAGCUUCAUUCACCAAUGAUUCAGAUAAAGAUAUUUCAGCUCCUCAGUUUGGUCUCAAUCACCUUCCUUCUCAUCAUGACUUCCUGAACUUAAACCCUACCGCAUCCAGCGCCAUUGACUCCGCUACCGGCGUCACCGACGACAACGAUUCCGUCAUCAGCGACAGUGAGCACGACCACGCGCACUCCGGAGCACCAACCCGCGGCAAGCGACGUCACUGCUCACAAGAUGGCGCCCUAGGUGCGGUAGAUUUUUAUUUUCCACUCGGUGAGGGGGAGGAGGAAGAGGAGGAGGAAGAAGAGGAAGGGGGUGUGUUCGGUCGCUAUGGUGACGAGUUGCAGGAAUGGAAUGACUAUGUCGGUCUACCAACGGAAGCAUUUGGGCAAAGACAUGAGAUCCAAGACAGACCUCCCUCUCCAGACAUGUUGCAGGACAGGAUACGGCCCGAGUCUCCUGUUGUGCCGCUACUGGAUCUAGAACCUGCUAUUACCGUGAACUCUCAACUCUUCCCCUCGGCACGGUCUCUGAACCAGACUCCUUCUAAGCAGCUACCUGAGCUACAACUCUCCAUUAAAUUCACUCCUAUUGUGGUUAAUAUGCUGUCUGAUUAUGCUGAACAGGGUGAUGUUCAAAUGGCAGUAUCAGCAUUUAUCGUCCUUGACAACAAGAUACGCAAUGAAAUAGCCUCUGAAAUACAGGAACAAUGGUUCAUGUCUUACAUAGAACUUCUGAGUCGGUUCAAGCUGUGGUGUGUGUCCAACCAAGUUAUCAAGCUCAGUAAACACCCUGCUGUCGAGAGCUUAAAUCAGCAAUCCACAACAGUCUACACAAAGUGCAAUAGGUGCAAUCAGACCUUGGAGAAGCUAUCCUGGGUGUGCUUUCAAAAGAAUCGCCAAAGCUUCACAAAUCCAUGCAGUAUAUGCCAUUUACCAGUGAAAGGUCUAUAUGCGUGGUGCCAGGGGUGUUCACAUGGAGGACAUUUAGAACACAUUCGAGAGUGGCUCAAGACAAACCAGUAUUGCCCUACAGGCUGCGGACACCAGUGUGAAUACACCUAAUACAUUGGACAAUCAUUUCAAGUGAUAGUAUAACCGCAGCGUUGUUCCUAUUUGCAUGGAGGUAUUAACGUUCAAACCAACAUUGCCCUACAGGCUGCAGACACCAGUGUGAAUACACCCAAUACACUGGACAACAGUUGAAGUGAUAAUGUGUGGUAUAGAUCUACUUGUUUACACAGAGGUAUCAACGUUACCCGCUGAAAGUAUGGACGAUAAUGUGAACACAACAUAAAAUAGAAAUUCAACUUUCAAUUUCAUUUUAAUAUAUUUUCUCAUAAAAAUCCAUAAAAUACACUACAUAUGUACAAAGAUUAAAAUUCACAAAAACAACAGCAAAGUGCCCAUUGGAUGAAGUAUGUAGUAGCAAUCAACCAUACCAUGUCGCUAAGACUGGAUAUCUACAGGAGAAAUCCUAUUCUGUAUUCUGAUGUGAUGUGAUGAGAGGAACAGCAAGAAGGGACAAGCCUUGUAAUUGUGGAGCGUUGUGGCCCAGUGAAUUAGUCUUCUGACUUUGAAACAGAGGGACGUGGAUUCGAAUCCCAGCCAUGGCGUAAUUUCCUUCAGCAAGAAAUUUAUCCACAUUGUGCUGCACUCAACCCAGGUAAGGUGAAUGGGUACCCGGUAGGAAGAAAUUCCUUGAAUGCUUGAGCGCCUAGGUAGCCCAGCUAAAGCCGGGUAAUAAUAUCCAGGUCCUUCGGAAGCGCAUAGAGACGUUAUUCAUAAUGUAUUAUACGCUAGACAAGAACUGACUAUUAUUUUUAUUAUUAGCUGACCCUAUGACAUAAUCAAUAUAUUUCAUGAUAUUAUGAUAAGCAAUGGCUUAGUGCAAUGGUGAUGAUGUUUCCAUGGAAGCAUUUUGAAUUUUUCAUUACCUGCUUGACCUGAAUAAAAUGUUAUACUGACAUAGUUUAUUCUAUUGUUUUGAUAGAAGAGUGCAGCAUUCCUCCCAAAGAGCUCAUCGACAAACUCAAUACUGGUAUUGGAGAGCUGUUUCACUAAUGUGGCGUGCAUGAAACUUGCGAUCAAUUGGAAAUAUAUUUAGGGGUUCCCAAACUAAUCAUAUGUCAUGCAAUUAAUUGAAAAUUUGCGUUUGAUUGCUGAUCUGCUUCUAGUAACGAAGAGUGCAAAUUGUUUUGCUACGUUUAAAAUUGACCUAUCAAUUGUAAAAUUGUAACAUAAAUUUGCAAUUGAUUGCAAACAUUUUCUUGCAUCACCUCAUGAGCAUUGUGAUGAAAUGUAGAUUGCAAAAAAUCAAAGACAUUUUCCUAUUGCCAUCUGAUUGGUUGAAAGUCAAAUACUAAUAAUAACAAUCAGCAUUUAUACAGCGCCAUCUAUCUAGAAACAAUUUAUAACAAGGGACAUUAUUAUUAUUAUCAUUACCCUGGCUUUAGCUCAAGCUGCCUUGCAGCACUCAGUGCAUUCAAGGAAUUAACCCUGCAGGGUACCCAUUCACCUCACCUGGGUUGAGUGCAGCACAAUGUGGGUAAAUUUCUCACUGAAAGAAAACACGCCAUGGUAUGGAUUUGAAAUCCAUGUCCCACUGAUUUUGAAAGACAAGAGUCGUAACCAUUAAACCGCGACGCCCCCCCCCCCACGAAUGCCACUCAAUUUGUAUCCAAUCAGAUGUAUUUUCUAUUUGAUGUGUAGUUGCACCCCAUAUGCAAUUAGCCCCCAUGUUUAAAAAAAAAUUAAUAGCAAGAUACUGAAACUGAAAUAUUCCCUGUUGAUACGCUGAAUGCAUAUGAAGAGCUCAGUUGCAAAAGGGGUUAGGUCCAUUUUUCAUCAAAUUUGAUUUUUGUCUCAAUGUAUAGAUUUUUAGUAGCUCUAUAAGAUGAUACUAAAGAAAAGUUGAAAUUCCUAUUAAAAAUUGAACAAAAAUGGCAAAGAAAAAUUACUUUUUUCCCCAAAGGGGUUAGGUCCACAGUGAUAAUUUUUGAAAAAAAAUAUAGAAAAAAAAAUUGAAGAUGGGUAGAUUUUUUACACCCAAUUUUAUGUUCACAUGAUAGGGUAGUACAUCAUGACAAUUUAGUUUCUCAUGAGAAUAUUGCAAUAAGAGAGAAUAAAAAACAUGACUUUUCUCGGAAUGGUCCAAAGUGGACCUAACCCCUUUUGCAACCAAACCCUUCAUAUGUAAUAUUAGAAGUUUUUGCACAGGAAUAGUAUCUGUGAAAUGCAUGCUGCUGCGUUGGACCACACAUGCAGUCUGUUUGGUGGGUGCUCUCGGGCAUGGUGUAUGGCGAAUCUGUGAUUAUUUGUCACCUUUCAAAUAAAAAAUUGUGAGUGACUUCCAUUUUUCUAAAAAGUUUUGAUAUUGAUUAUCCACUAUUAAGAGAUAUUCCUCAUUCCAUCAGGAGCACAUUUUCUCUUUUUGACCAGUCAUUUCAUGCCUUUAAUGAAUCAUAGCUGUACUAGAAAUCCGCCAUUUUGUGCCCUGUGGUGUAUCGCAUUACAUAAUUAUGUACUUUAUAUCUUAUAUUGUAUUAUGUGUACAUGCAAAUUUAAAAUAUAUAUUUUAUUUUGAAAUUC